UAAAAUAAAACUUCAAAUGUGAUUGGUCUGUUCGAAUCCGCAACAGUUUCCGAGUUUUUGUCGAAUUCAAAUAAAAUCGUUGGAACUUUCGUCGGAGCGUUCUACGUGUUUUUAAUCUUUCUUUUUGUUGUUUUCAGGUGAAAGAUGUCUGUAAAAUCGUCGGUCAACAUGGACGAUUUUUUGAAAAUCGAAAAAAUCGGUGAGGGAACCUACGGCGUUGUCUACAAGGGUAAAAACAAGAAGACUGGAAAAUUGGUUGCCAUGAAGAAAAUCAGGUUGGAAGCGGAGGAUGACGGUGUACCAUCGACAGCGAUUCGUGAAAUCUCCUUACUGAAAGAACUGCAACAUCCGAACAUUGUGACUCUGGAAGAUGUGCUGAUGGAGGACCUGAGACUUUAUCUCAUUUUUGAAUUUUUGACCAUGGAUUUGAAGAAAUUCCUUGACACACUGGAACCGGGUGAAAUGAUGGAUCCCAAACUUGUUAAAAGUUAUCUGUAUCAGAUCAACGAAGCCAUUCUGUUCUGUCACCAACGCAGGGUUUUGCAUCGUGAUCUGAAGCCGCAGAAUUUGCUGAUUUCCGAGGACGGAACAAUCAAAGUUGCAGAUUUUGGAUUGGGCAGAGCGUUCGGUGUUCCCGUCAGAAUUUACACGCACGAAGUGGUGACUCUGUGGUACAGGGCUCCAGAAGUGCUUCUCGGAUCGCCCAGGUAUUCAUGUCCAAUUGAUAUUUGGAGUAUGGGUUGUAUCUUUGCCGAAAUGGCCACCAAGAAGCCGCUGUUUCAGGGCGACUCCGAAAUUGAUCAGUUGUUUAGAAUCUUCAGAGUGUUGAGGACACCAACGGAACAAUUGUGGCCGGGAGUGUCCUCGUAUCCGGAUUACAAGGCCACGUUUCCGAAUUGGACCAACUAUAACUUGGAUAGGUACGUGGCGAUCCUCGACAACGACGGCAUCGAUCUGGUGAAGGAGAUGUUGGUGUACAAUCCGUCGAAGCGCAUCUCGGCCAAACGCAUCUCCGUUCAUCCGUAUUUGAAAGACGUGGAUCGAUCGGUCAGACCUGUGAUUAAGCUGUCCAAGAAUUAGGACGGUGCACUGGGGGAAAUGCUAGCAGAGUUUUUAUUUUUUUACUUACUUACUUACUGUAUUACUGUCGUCGUCGUCGUCGUCGUCGUCGUUGUCUUGUAUGUGGAGAUUGAGACUGGAUGAGGUUUCUGCUUUGUUCUGAAGGAACGAUUUCUAUGUUGGUCUGUUUUAUUAUUUAUGUUUUAGUUUUGUAUGUAUAAUAUAUUAUAUUAACGGAAGACUGGAAAUGUUUACAUCGUGUUCUUGUAUCCAGCCAUAUUACACAACAUAAAUAUUAUUUAGAUACUGUUUAAUUUGAUUUGUUCUUCACAUAAAAAAUAAAAAUCAAGAGUUGAAACGUU